AGUUUUCUAUAGCGAGGAGGGGAAAGUAUUACUGUGAAAAAUUCGUCCAAACUUGCAGCCAAAAGGCCACAGCAGAGAAAGAAAAAAACCAAGGAAACGCAUUAUAUUGCAGUUCGUUUUAUUCAAAUUUAAAGAAAACUCACGCAACCAUGUCCGAGUCGCAUUUUGAUGAGUACGAGCACUACAACUUCGACUAUGACAAGCAUAUCUUCUCUGGCCACGGCGGCAAGCAACGCUCCAAGAAGGAGGCCUCUGUGCACACCAACCAUUUUGACCCCUCCGGUCACUCAAGGAAAAUCCUAACCAAGCUCAUGAACACCAACACCAACAACAUUAAGAAGGCUUGCAAAAACUGAUGCAGGGCUGCCGCUAACGCGGAAUCAAAGAAAGGAAAGGAGUUGAAGAGAGUCGAAAACGAAGAAAUAAUCGAAUUUAAGUUACUAAAAGGCAAACGUGAAGAAAAGGCAACAAGAAGAAAUUGAAAAUCAAAGCAGCGCAGCGGGCUGUCGCAGUUGCGUUUGUGGGAAGAGAGAGAGUGAGGAGGAGAGGACCGCAACAGCCACUGGAAGUACACGCAUUGCAUUUCCAUGAAGCAGGCGGAGAAACG